AAAGGGGGUGGGACCAUGACGUCAAGCCGUGCGGGCCCGAUCGGUCGGGCAAGCGGCGGCGGCGGAGUCGGGCCUGGACCCGCGGCCUUGUUUACGGUCAGGCUGUCGCACCGAGGCCGAUUGCGAGUCCGUCCGAGCCGCCGCCACCACCAUCACCACGUCAUGGCGAUGUACGGCGGGUCGAGGCCGAGGCCCAGGUACCGUGGCGGUGGUGGCGGAGCGGCCCGCGGUUGGUACUCGGAGCCGGAGCGGGGCUGUAACGCUUUGCCGCCGUCGGGAGUCUUCCAGGCCAACGGACGCCUGUGGCGGGCGCAGCGGUGUCUCGGCAAAGGCUCCUCGGCCGCCGUCUAUGGCGUGACGUCGGGAGCGGCCCGGGCCGCCGUCAAACAGUUCGUUCACGAUAACAAGUCAGACUACGGCUUCCUGACGGAGAGCGGGGUCCUGGAGGACUUGCAGGGCCACAGGAACAUCGUAACUUUAUAUGGGAGAUUUUCUAACUUAUCGUACACAAACCAACGUUGCAACUGCAUUUUGCUGGAACUGUUGGAUGUCAGUGUCUCUGAGCUGCUGCUACACUCCAUUAAUCGAGGGCAUUCAAUGUGGAUGAUCCAGCAUUGUGCACGGGAUGUUCUGAGUGCACUGGCUUUUAUUCACCAUGAGGGUUAUGUGCAUGCAGAUCUCAAACCAUGUAACAUCCUCUGGAGUGCGGAGGAUGAAUGUUUCAAACUCAUUGACUUUGGGCUUAGUUUCCAGGAGGGAAAUCAGGAUGUAAAAUACAUCCAAACGGAUGGUUACAGAGCUCCUGAAGCAGAGUUGCAUAAUAUUCUUGCACAGAUGGGAUUGGAAAGUAAUACAGAAUGCACAACAGCAGUUGAUAUUUGGAGCCUUGGAAUAAUUUUGCUGGAAAUGUUCUCAGGAAUUAAGCUGAAAGAGACGAUCAAAUCUCCGCAAUGGAAGGCCAACAGUUCUGCCAUCAUAGAUUCCAUUUUUGCAAGUAAAGAUAUGGUAUAUUCAGCUAUCCCAGUUUAUCACCUCAGAGAUGUUAUUAAAAGUAUGCUUCAUGAUGACCCGGCACAAAGAAUUACAGCAGAACGUGCUUUAUACAACCCCUUCUUCAGCAUUCCCUUUGCCCCCCAUAUUGAAGAUUUGGUUAUGCUUCCAACCCCAGUGUUGAGACUGCUAAAUGUUAUUGAUGACAACCACCUUCAAAGUGAAGAAGAGUAUGAAGAUGUCGUGGAAGAUGUGAGGGAAGAAUGUCAGAAGUUUGGACCAGUUAUGUCUCUGCUUGUCCCAAAGGAGAACCCUGGUAAAGGCCAGGUUUUUGUUGAAUUCAGAAGUGCUGGGGACUGCAAAAUAGCUCAGCAGAUACUGACUGGAAGAAUGUUCGACGGCAAGUUUGUUGUGGCUACGUUCUACCCUCUGUGUGCUUAUAAGAGGGGAUAUCUGUAUCAUACAGUAGUUACUGAUACCUAAGUUACAACUGGGCAUGCCACCUUUUACAAUCACCCAGGUCCCUUUUGAAAUAUUCCUCAAUACAAUAGUAAAAAGGUUAACUGUUUUGCUCUGAUUCCUUUUGUGUGUAAGAUAGCGUUGAUUUAAGCAGCUAAUUUAGAGAAAAGGUUUACAAACUUAGGGAUUAAUGCACUUAAAACUGCCGGCAAGUUAUUAACAAAAUCUAUUUUAUUACUAGAAAUUAUAGCCAACUGCAUUUGGUUUGUAAAAUGCUAAUUUAACAGUUUUGCUGGCAGAGGUAUCAAGAAUGCAUUUGAUAAUGGGGAGCAUGCUGAUGAAACCUAUUCAUAGAUUACUAUAUCUUAAUCUAAAUAAAUCACAGAACAUUUUUGUAAAUGGUGGAAUAAAAAUUAAAAUAGAUUGAAUCUAUGUUAGUGAAGUCAUGAGGAUCCUGUUGCAAGCAUUUGGCCAUAGCUACUGUAAGUAUAUCAGAUGGAGAAAACUUGUGAUUUCUUGAAGGAUUUUAGUGAGUGCAUAUACGUAAAUGCACAUUCAUUAAACAAUGGAGAAAAAAAUACUUUUUAUUGUGGGCAAGUGGUACACAAAUUUGAGCACAACUCUUAGAAUUCCUUAAUAGUGCUUUUUUGGCCUUGGUAUAACAGCUGCUUGAAUGGUAUGUAUACAUGUGUGGUGUGUUGCAGAUUUAUUUAUAUUUGGGGAGAAACAUAAGAAAGUUCCUUGUAUCCUUUCUCAGCUUUAGAGACUGCAUUAAGGUGAUUUUUUAUUAUUGUUUUCCUUGCAUGGGGAUAGUUUGGCUACUGUUUUGUAGCCUGGAGUUGUAUAUUUUGACCACAGUGACACACAAAGACUUAAUGAAUGGCAAGUGUUUUAAUACCUGAGCAAAUCUGAUCAGAAAGAAUAAGCAUGCAAAUAACUGAUACCACAUAAUCUGGUAUAAUGGGGAAGGGAAACAUCAGACUGCUGGAUACACUUAGCUUUCCAGUCUAUCUUUUUUUUAUCCCCAGCAAAUCGACAGCCCACACAAUAAAAUAGUAAUUCUAAAAUAGUGGAAUGUUGCAAUCAUUGUUAGACUAAAAGACCAAAUAGACUGCCAGUUUAUUGUUGAAAUCACUUGGGGAGUUCGAAUAUUUUAAAAAGUACUGCUAAGAUUAAAUGAUUUUAAUAACUACAUUUAGAUAAAUUUAGUAGCAGUGGUACAAGAACAUGAGUUUGUACACUUGUUAUAAUCCAGUGAGUGCUAUUUAUAUGUUAAAUUUUACUGUAAAAUCAACAUAUAAACAAAAACCAAAAGUAAUCAUACCUUAACCAAAAGCUUCAAUUGAUCUGGAUUGCAUCAUUGUUGCCAAGUUUUCAAUGUAUUUAGCAUUUUACUGUGGCAAUAUUAAAGGCAUAUUUUAGGAAAAGAUAUUUCCAUAUCGUCUUUUACAGGGCCUUCCAUCAGUUGAUCUGAAAACAGCUCAUCUAAAUCUAGAUUACUAUUGGAGAGAGCAAUAUUCACAGCACUAACACAAGGCCUCUAGCAGUUAAAAUCUUGUUGUGGUUAUGCUUUCCAGUUCAUUGCACUUAUUCCUAAAAAUAUUAGAAUUAUAAAGGUCCAGUAUGUUUCAUAGAGUUGAUAAAUAUUAGCUAAUAACCAAAGACAGCUUCCUGAAAUGGAGAACAUGCAGAACAAGAGUAUCGAACCAGUUUAUGAAGGCACAUGAUCAAUUCAGACUCGAAAAGAAUUCAGUUGGCAUAGUUACAGUAUGCUUAUGCACUCUUGAGAUUGUUUCUUUCAGGUUUUUGCUCAGGUACAUUUAAGACAAUUAUGAAAAUGUUUUAAAAAUUGAUACAUCUUUCUGUCACUUAGCUGUACUCUACAAUCUUAAGCCACUAAAUAAAUGAACUCCAGUGAUUUAUCUGUGGACUUAAACUCAAGAAAUUUAGAAUCAAAACUGUGAAUUUAAAUUUAACCAAGUUACAUGCAAAAAGAUGUUUUAUAAACCAUUUUCAAACCUUUACUUAUCAAAUCGUACCAAAGGUAAAAAAGGGAACAUGAACACUCCAACAGUUAGGAAUGUCUCAUAAUUGCAUUCUUCCUCCAUCAUAUUCUCAUCUGGCUGCAAAUUUUGACCCAAUCUUUCGCACCUACCCAUAAUUUUCUACACAGACAUAUACGCUAAACCAUUGCUGAGCUCUUGUGUUUAUUCACAAAAGUGAGGUCUGGUGUCUUCCAACUCAUUGUUUUAAUUAAAUAAUGAACUUCAAGACUAUUUCUUGCUUUACUGUUACUGAUACUUAUUUAGAGCACUCAUUACCUACACUCAAUAAACAGCCAUUGGUAUAUACAAAAUGCAUUUCUCUCAAGUUAGUGUUUUAUUUGAUUAACGUUAAUAGAUUCCUGAUUGAAAUAUUCUCAGAUUAUCAAAGUAUUAAAAUAUUUGUAGGGAAAUAAGAAUUCAUCCAGUGGGAUUUGUACCCUCACGGAUUGUGUUAUACAGUGUACUUUGAUCUUGUCAUUAGCUUAUGUUAAAAUUAUAUUACCAGUGGCUGUGGUACUUCCAAUUUAAAACAAGUAAAUCUGAAUAAUUUAAUUUAACUAGUAAUUGACAUUCCAAUUUAAUUUCUACACUGUCCUGGUUCUUAGGUUACUUUUCUUUUACGAUGGUUUCUCAAAGUUUGGGUGUACGUUUUGCAGAUCUGGUCCAAAUAACUAUAUGAGUGCUUAAAAUCAAUUCCAGCAUACAGAUGGUGUAAAAAUUUCGGCAGUUAGAUUUGAUAUAUAUUGACCAGGUGCACUCUAAGUUGCCAGAUAUUGUUUUCAAUGUACCCAGACUAUCUCUGGCUUAUGAACUCUUUGAUUUGGUCAUCUGUGCUAGAUCAAGUCUCUAUAAUAAGUCGACAAUAAGUUUUCUGAAGUCGUUAAAUUCUAGUUACACACUACUGAAAAGUUCAAGUACAUGCCUUUUUCCCCUAAAUCAUACAGGGAACAGGUUUUCAGUAUUUCUAGAAACAAUUUAAAAGGAAAGCAAAAAUAUCUACUGAUACUUAAACAAGUAAUUCUACAGUUCUCAUUAGCACAACACUGAAGUUAAAAAACAGUGAAAUCGCUUUGGCAUAUUUCCAAUGUGCUCCAACCUAUUCUGGACAAUUGUAGAAAAGAAUUAUACCACGAUACAUAGAAGAUGUUUAUCAUACAAAAUCCUAGGGUUAUGAGAAUUUAUAAAAAUACAUCUCUGCAAUUUGGAAAAAAAUUACAACUCCUUUUGAAAGACCUUCUAAGACCUGAACUAAGUUUUCCAGGUCACAACUAAAGACAAGAGCUUUGACAGAGUACGUUUCAUUUUGUUGAUUACAAUUGAAGGAGCUGCAGUAGAUGCAGAAUUUUUACUCAAUUUAGUAUUGCUCAUUUUGCUUUCUGCAUUUUGGAGCCCUGGCCACUUAUUGGAUUGUCUUAUUAUAAAUUCGAGUCUGGAUGGAGUAAAAUAAUAUCAAACCAUAUUUUACAUAUGCUCAAAGAUUUUUUUCCCAGUGUUUUUAUUGCAGACCAAUGACAUUGGUUCUUGGCAUUUAAAUGAUAACACAACAAACCUGCUGUUCUUUUCCACUGCUGGGUGCUUUAAGAGUUCAAUUAACUCAGAUUACAACUUGGAUCAGUCUUGCUUCAUGGUUGCAAAAUAAAUACCAUGCAUAAUCGUAGGCGUUGAUGAAAUGCUGACUUGAUCACCACUUACCACUUACUAAGUUGUGAGUCAGGGUUCUUUAUCCAGCAAUCUGCCCACCAGAGAGUAAAAGAUUCCAUUUAACUAUGCAACAGUCCAGUAACUUCUGCACCAAAAUAUUGGGAGGUAACCAUUUUGUAGUCAUAACUUCCUGGAUUUUGCUUUUAGGAAAUGCAGCAUUUGUGAGAUUAAGCUAGAGAUAGAAAGGCAAAGCACCUGCAUCUGCUGUAUUAUGGAGACCGUAACAUUUCAUCACAAUUUGUUUCACAAAAGAUAUACAGCAAAAUUUGUAUAUGGAAUUCUCAUGGAAGGCAAGUUGAUGAAAGUUAACAUUGUGUGUAUUACUUUUUAAGAAUACAUGGGUUGGACCUGCAGGUUGAGGGUUUGUCUAGCAGCCAGUUUAUUUAUUUACUGAAUGUAGUGAAUGACCUGGCACUGUGCACAGACCGUACAUGCUUUUCCCGUGGUCUGUGUAUUCCCCAAGCUAAAGAUUUGAAUCAAAAGAAGUAAACAUGCCAUCUUAUAGCAGUCACUUUGGGGGAGGGAAUAUUCGUGCUUCCUUGGACGACUGGAGCUGUUGAAUCUAGUUCUUUAUUAAAACACAAGAGAAAGUGGGAGGGGAAGAAUGAGAUUUUCUCUGUUGUAUAAUAUGCAUAGGGCCAUUUCAAAAAGACAGUAUAAAGUCCUUUUUUUCAGUUUUAUUUACAGGCCCCUUUUAUUACUUACCUGAGGACUGAUGAGAUUACCAAAAUGUUGCACAGUUGAUUUUGGAUCUGUUUUAUCUCUUUGAGCUUGUUGCCAUCUCCAAUAAACCUUGUGGUUAAAAAGGAUUAAACAUAGCCAUGCAUUGAGAUUCUAUAGUUGAUAAUUGCUCAACUGGAAUGAUUCCAAUAGUUAUUUUUAAAAUGUAUUACAGAAUCAUCCCCAAAGCAUUUCUCAGGGUCAGUCAUCUGCAACAUAUCCACUCCUAAGAUGCACAAUCAUGGACAAAAAUCUUAUGAUUAAACAAAGAUUAUUCCAAGUCAGUGCUCCAUGGCAUUCAAAUAAGUCUGACGUGCUGUUCCUCAAGUGAUAGAUAAUAAUGUUUUAAUUUAGAAUUUUAACAAUCUUUACAAUUACAAUAGGUUUACGGUUUACAUUUCAGAUCACAGUAUUCAGAAUGCAGUCUGUAUGGCUUGUGCAAGUUAUAACCUCCAACAUUUUUAUUGCAUUUUUUUGUGUGCCACUUCCAACUGUCCCUGGGUUCUCCUUUGGACUGGUUUGAUUCUUGCUCAAGUCAGUUCAGCUAUGACAAGGGUGAUGGAACAGAUUUAUUUGUAAAACAGAAAAAAGUUGGAAUUUUUUAUGGAAUCAUUCUGUUGUUAAACUUUUAUAUGCUAGUAAAUGUUAAUUCUGGAUAUAACUACUUUUAACUGAGAGAUUGUUUAGCAUUUGAAAUUUAUUUCUGUGUAAGAUUAAGGUUGUCCUGCCAUAAAGAAGUAUGAUAUGCAAUGCUGUUAUAUUUCUGGAUUAUUGUUAUCCUUUAAACCCCUUAAGAUGGUAAGUGAAAAUUAGCUGUCCUUAAAAGUCAUGCAUUCAACCUAGUUCCAUGGUUUCUUUAGAAGCCACAGAUUUAUUUGAAGGCUGAUUUUAUCUCGGAUUCUAGACAGUUGGAUGAAUCGUUAGUUUUUGAAAACAUAACACACCAGGUCAUUUCAAGACAUAAUGUACCAGCCAUAAUCUGGCCCUGUACUAUGGAGUUUGGAUGUCUUUCAAUGCAUUUCAGUUUUGAGAUCACUCCUUCACCCGUUAUUUUUCAGCUGCUGUGUUAAGUUUUUAAAGAUUAGCAAUUUUUGUUCUCAGGAAACUUACACAAACAAGCAAACACUAUUAUUUUUCCCUAAUCCAGGUUGAUAUGUAGGAGGUCUAAUAUUAAACACUGAAACUUUAUAAAGAAAAACAAAUUAUUGUAUGCAUUGCUUUUAAGAAAUGAGUCAGGCAUCUAUAUUGCCUGUUUCUGUUGUGGAAACGCUGAAGCAGAGUGUUCAACUGUAAUUGAAAAUCCAUUCAUUAUCGCCAGAUGUUCAAGAAAUUGAUCUUUUUUCCGACAUUUAAUAGAGUUUGGCUAUGUAAUAUUACAAGAAUUUUAUGUUUUUUAAAAAUGGGCCUAUAAAUGUAAUUAUGCACUGAGGCAUCAUCUGACUGAAUUAAUGUAAGUGGAAGUGUAUCGGUUUGUUUUCAUUAUAAAAUACUGUUGUUUGUGACACUUCUUUCGCUAAUAUAUUGACAAGCUACUGUGAACAUGCAUAAAUCAACUGUGCAUGAUAAUAUCGUGGUUGAGCUGCAGAUUGUAUACAUUUAUUGCUGCAACAUCAGAACAUUGUAUUUUUCAGCAUUCAUUUUAUGCAUUUCAUAAUGAUUGAUAAUUAAAAUUUUCUGCACUAAAAUGCUUAGUACCAUAUAGAUGCCUAUUUCUAACACGCGUGCCAAGCAAUGAGACCGAAACCUAUUGCAGUCAUUUCUUCUGAGAGAGAGAGAGGAUUGGAGACAGCAGAAAGCAGAAAACCACACUUAUAAAUCAAGGAGUGAUGUGAAAGACAUUGCACAGGAAUUGCAAAUCAAAACAAUUGGGAAAGUUCAAUUUUUUCCCAUGCAGUUUGAAUGAAUGUUCAUUGAGUGUACUAGUUAUGCAUGUUUAUUCUGCAGGUAAUUGUCUUUCACAUACAACAGUGGUUUUUCUUUUUAAAUGAAAAUGUCAACUAAUUUCUGCCUUGCAGAAAGGCCAAUAUUUGAGUUAAUUCUGUGUUUUCAGGACUAAAGUCAUUUGACACAGGUGGAUCAGUGCUAAUUUAUCAUUUCCUUUCGCAUUUGGGGAUAGUUUUUUUUAAUACUACAAUAUCGGGAUCGUUCUUCCUCCAGUUAGUCCUGCAAAUCUUUGGCUUUGGUAUCAUAGUUCUAUUGUCAAGGCAAUUGUUUUUCCACUUAGCAAUUUAAAAGCAACAUUAAAACUGGAAUUAAUAGUUCAAGAACUCUUUUGGAGCAGGCUAAUAAUUUGGGUGCAACUCCAAUUUAGUAUUAACUGAAGUUUAUUAAAUACUCAUGGGAGAAUUUAGGCCAAACUGAUAGAUUAAGAGCUAUUGCAUACUUAUAUAUAUUUGCAGAGUACACUUGGUUAUGGGAAAUACAAGAUAAGUCCUGACGGCAUUAUAUUGAUAUUGUAGCUACAAAAUUGUAACAUGCUAAAAUACCAGAUGGAAAAAUGUUAUACGUGAUCUUAGUUCUGACUUAUCUCCAAACCAUUAAUUCUAAACAAUGGGUUGUUUCACCUCUGCAUUACUUUAACCACAAUGAUUAAUGUGAAACCUUCUGCUAUGCUAAUUGUUCAGCCAUUCCUCAGUUCAAAAUGAACUGCAGACAGAAAUUUGCACAACCACAUUGCAGAAAAAGAGGAAACUAAAUUUAUGACUAUAUUUCCAGUAAAGCUCUUAUUGUAUGAUAAAAAAUGUUAAAUAUUGCCACAAAACUUGUAGUAUUACUAGAUGGUUCCUGCAUCCAAAUAUGCAAUUAAUAUAUCAAUUCCUAUCCUGUUCCAGGAAAGCAGUUUUACAGUGCUGCAUCCACCUACCUUAUGCAAGGGUUUGGUUAUGUACACUGGUGUUGUCAUAUUGGUUAUUCUGCUGCUUUGUGUACCUAUCUUGAAAGACAUGCUACUAUGUCUUGUAACAUAUAUCUUCUGUUGGUGAAAUAAUGCCUUAUGCUUAAGUGACAAUAAAGAAGUACCUAAA